AUGGAGACGAGAGUUUGGGAAGAGGAUCGUAACCAGCAGGCUGUACAGUAUAAAUCAAUAGCAGCCUUGUACAAUGUUUAUGUCCUUUGGCGACAGAUGUUCGUUAUAGCAAGGAUGAAAGAAAAAGCAAGGAAGAGACGGGUAUUGUUGAACUCUGGCUCACGAGAUGGCUUUUCUUUGACAGGAGAUACGCUAGUUAGAGGGCCAGUGAUGUUCACCAGAGAAGUCAUUGCAAGGGAGUCCAGCUCUACAACCACCAUGUCAUCGGCCUCAAACACAAACCAAGGUGCUCAUGACAGUGUGCUAGGAGCCCUAUGCAACGUUCCUUGUCUCAUUGCAGUGGCUUUUAUCUGCCUCCCAGGAUACCUCUUAAGAGCCUAUGUCUGUGCAAAAGACCAGAUCACCAUGGAGAAUUUCAUAAAGGCUUUAAAGUUCUUUUCAGUAGCAACCCCAAUAUUUUGUGUUGCAGUUUACUGCUCAUGUGUUUGCAAGAGAUCCUCAGAUGGGCUUUCUUCACAGGAACUCACACAGCGGUAUCAAACGGAGCUGAAAUCAAUGUGGCAGUCACAUCUUUUAUUAAAAGAACAAGUCCAUGAAAUAGAAGGCCUUAAAAUGGAGACGGAUCGCUUGCGUGAUCAGAUCGCUGGCAUCAACAAGGGCGUUCUGCGUUCUGUAAAGGAAAUUCUAGAGGAGCAUAACAUCCCGGGAGAGAAAAAAGAAGAAGUGCUUGAAAUGAUCAAUCUGGCUAUUAAGAAGAUGUAUGAGGAUCACGUACAAAUGGCUGAUUGGGCUCAAAAAACGCUCGGAGCCACCAUAGAUAAAGACAGAACAUCUAAGAGCUACGAGCCCGAGAGUAUGCGAGAUUGCUGGUUUAGAUCGUGGUUAUUCUCUUCAGCAAAGCCUCCUGAUACUGUUUUAGAGCCAGAUGUCUACCCUGGAAACUGCUGGGCUUUUCAAGGAUCCGAGGGCCAAGUUGUAAUUAAACUGCCUGAAAAAAUCCACCCGACAGCAGUUACCAUUCAACAUAUCUCCAAAGCAAUCUCCCCUUCUGGAAGCAGUACAAGCGCCUUGAAGGAUUUUGGGGUCUCUGGCCUAGGUGAUGAAACAGAUGAAGAAACUCUACUGGGAACAUUCAUGUAUGACAUUGACAAAGAAACCAUUCAGACAUUCCAACUCAAGAGUCAACAUUCAAAGCCAUUUCUGUACAUAAAGUUCAAGGUACAGAGCAACUGGGGCAACCUGGAGUUUACCUGCAUCUAUCGACUCAGGGUACACGGGACAAUGGCCAAGGAUGAAGAUAGUGGGUGA